GUUUUUAAAGAAUUAAAAUUUUGUAAUUAUUUGUAGUAUCGCGUCUCUCUGUAUCGUAGAUUGUGAUUACAGUAAAGCCACGUUAAGCUCAUCAUUCAAACCUUAACCUCAAUCAUCUAGUGGUGAUAAGCAUCGACGCUAUUACUUGAGGUUAUUUUUCACAUUCUCUAGUGAGAGGUGCAGUGUAGUCCACGUGUUACCUACGCGUUAACAAGGUGCAUCAUGUUCAAGGGAAAGGUAGUUAUUAUCACCGGCGCCAGUUCAGGAAUUGGAGCCGACACAGCGUUAGAUUUCGCUAAACUGGAAGCUAGUUUAGUCCUAACGGGUAGAAAUAAAGAAAAUUUGGAUAAAGUUGGAAAGCAAUGUGAAGAUCUAUCGCCGCAGAAACUGAAACCUCUUACUGUAAUAAGUGAUAUCAAUAAAGAAAAUGAUGUAGAAAAUAUCAUUAAAUUAACUUUGGAUCGUUUUUCACGUCUUGAUAUAUUGGUGAACAAUGCAGGAAUAUUAGAAGCUGGUACAAUAGAAACUACUUCGUUAGAUCAGUAUGACAGAGUGAUGAACACGAACGUCCGUGGGCCGUAUCAUUUAACGAUGUUAGCAGUACCACAUUUAAUAAAAACGAAAGGUAAUAUUGUUAAUGUAUCUAGUGUAGCAGGCCUGAGAUCAUUCCAAAAUGUUUUAGCGUAUUGCAUGUCCAAAUCAGCUUUAGAUCAGUUCACUAGAUGCGUUGCACUCGAAUUAGGAUCUAAGGGAGUAAGAGUUAAUGCUGUUAAUCCUGGAGUUAUUUCUACUGGUAUACAUAUGAAGUCCACUAUGAAUGAGCAGCAGUAUGAAGAAUUUUUGAAGAAAUGUGCAGAAACGCAUGCUAUUGGCCGGGCUGGUAAUGCUAAAGAGGUUUCAUCAGUUAUAGUAUUUUUAGCAAGUGAUGCAGCAAGCAAUAUAACUGGUGCCACUCUACCGGUUGAUGGAGGUCGACAUGCUAUGUGUCCUCGAUGAUAUUAAUAAAAAUACCUUUAUCUACAGCUUGACCACAAAGAGUUGAAAAAUAUUGGUGAGCCUCUAUCACUUAAAUGGCAUUUAAAAAUUUUAGUAAUACCUUUUCAUGAAAAUAAUUUAUAAAUAGACACGUAUUUUUGGAUUUUGCUAACUAUAACAGUGAAAAGGUAAAAAUAAAUAAUAUACUCAAAAACUUGAGUAAAAAAAAUAUUUCAAAUUGUUCUUUUUAUUAUAGAAAACAAAGAAAUAUUGACACUCGAUUAUAUCACAUUUACUGUUAGACAGACGGUCAUCUAUUAGGGUUUAAUGACAUCUUUAAGCUCUAAUGAAUGUCUAAUUUCUAUGGCUAAUGUCGCUUUAAACUAAUGUCUAUUUUAAUGCACGUUUUUGCAACUGGCCGAUAGUAUUAUUAAAGUUAAUGGAUUUUGUAAAAUAUAUAUAUUACCAUUGAAGCUACAAAUAAACAUGCAACUUUUUUG